CUCAGCCCGGUUGUCCACGAUCGUCGCACAUCGAAGGAGCCUCAUUACAAGAAUAUUUUUUGCCCACAUCUUGUUUGAAGAUGUAAGUUGCCUCGAUCACCAUGAAGCUCAGUAGAGGUCGCCGCCGCAGCCGUGAUGUAAGUCGUUCUCUUUUUUUUUGGCUUUAUUAUUACUGUUACUCCCUCCGUUUGGAAUGCACUGAAAUGACUGUAUCUAGAUGGAAACCCAGUCAAAGGCAGCAGCUGCUAACCGGGAGGACAGGCUAAGCGAGCUGCCCAACGACGUGCUUCUCAACAUCCUCGAGAGGGUGGGCACGCUCGACGCCCUAAGAACCUGCAUCCUGUCGAAGCAAAUGCAGAAGCUGCCCGCCAUGCUCUCGCAGAUCAUAAUCGAUCUCAGCAAUCGCGAUUUGAUCCAAAUGGACGGCGUCGUCGCCGACGUGACCAAAAAGAUCCUCAGCGCGAGGCCUCCACAGAUCACCGUCCGCAAGCUGAAGCUCAAGUUCUUCCUGGUUCCCGCCCGCUGCCGCGCCAUCGGCAGAUCCGUCGGCCUCGCCAUGGCGACCGAGAAAUUCGACGCGGCGGAGUUUGAAAUCAUGACGCCGAGGGACACCAACCAUUGCACCGACGCCCAUCGCCUGCUCUUCGCCAAGCAGUUCAACGAUUUUGUCUGCGAUUGUCCGGACGCAUUUGCUGGUCUCACGCAGCUGCAUCUGCGGAACAUGAGGUUCGGUGAAUCGGACAAACCCAGCAUCCUCCGCCAUUGCAGGCGGCUGGAGUCCCUGUCUUUCCGCGAGUGCGACGCGGGGUUCCGCUCGGUGCUCCGUGUGGAACACGCUCGGCUCGUCGAGUUUGCUAUCACCUACGGGGAAUUUAAAACGGUGGUGCUUGACUGUCUGCCAAAGCUCCAGCGGAUGAGCUACAGGAAUUGGCCCUGUGAUGAGAACCCCUUGGUUCUUGGUUUUGUGCCUCAGCUUUCGAAGCUUAGCCUUGCUAAUGCAAACAUUUCGGGCAAGACCCUCAACCUAAGCCAGCUGCUUGCGAAUGCCCCCACUGUAAGCGAUUUGUACCUGGAGUUUCGCAGUGAAAAGAUUUGGGUUCAACCAGAAUGCUCAAAAGUGCUUGCUCCCGUGCUUGCCGAACUUCGGUUUGUGAAUCUGGAUCAUCUUCCUGAAGACUGUGAUAUCUCUUGGACGAUGUUCCUUCUUGAAUCUGCACCAUACUUAGAGGAGCUUUGCAUCACGGUAUGGGAUCAUAAGUGCCGGUCGGAGUCGCAAAAGAGUUUCUCCAAGAAAAUGGAUGUGAAGUGGGGGCCAUCCGAUCCUCAGCAAGUGGGUCUAUAA